GGAAACUUAGCUCUUCACUUGACACACUUCUCACACUCACAUGAUGAUGACGACGAAGUUGUUCCUUCUAAUGAUAUUCUUCACAGUAAAGCAAUCAGUUUCUCAGGCUGUCAUCUCAGUGGAUAAUGUGUCUGUACAACAAGGAAAGUCCAUCAUCAUUCCUUGUUUAUAUAAUGCAAAAUAUAUUAAUAAUCGAAAGUACCUGUGUUAUAAAUAUUUAUGGACAUUCUGCAAAGAUGUUCAGCAAAGGAAAGGCAGAAAGGUGUUCGUCUCGGAUGACAAAACCCAACAUAUAUUUACUGUGACUAUGAAGAAUGUAACAGCUAGUGACACUGGUAAUUAUUGGUGUCGUGUUGGAUCUAAUGUCAAAAAAAAAAUUCGACUACAAGUAACACAAGCUACUCCUCAGCUGUAUGUGAAUGCUCAGAUGGUAACUGGAUAUGAGGGCAACAAUGCUGUGAUUUCCUGCCAUCAUCAAACCAAGAAACCAAAAGAAUGGUGUAAGAUUGGUGGUGCAUGUGUGAGCACUACUGGAAACAUCAGUGGUGCCUGGGUUCAGCUCAGCAGUAUAGACGGGGGUUUUAGUGUGACCAUGAGCAAGCUGACGAUGGACAACACAGGAUGGUACUGGUGCUCAGCAGGAAAUGAACAGAUGCCUGUUCACAUCACUGUGCUAAGCAGAAAACCCAACAGGGAGAGACGCUCAUUUGCAUGGCUGGUAUUUUUGGGAUUGCUGAUCACAUUAAUUUGUAUGGCUGUGAUUGUGUUCAGGAAAUAUAAAAAAAAAUGUCAAAUAUUGUCAUUGCGCAAAAGGCCUGAGAAUACAUAUGUAAGCAUGAAAAAAACAAAACUACAAACAAAGCAAGACGAUGAAGAUGAAAACGUUGAAGCUCAAGAGUAUGAAAUUAUGUCCAGUCCCAUGCAAAGACUGGAGGUUCAGGAGAAGAACCCUGAAGGCAAUGAAUCACCAAAGACUGACGGAGGUCACAUUACGUACAAAGUUGACGUUGUUCCUGAAGGACCUUACUGCACCUGCUGAAUGUGAUUUUCUUUACUUUAAUAUGAAGUCUAAAGAAAUACUUUUCCAUAAGCAGAACUGAAGAACCAUGCAGAGCUGUCCAAGAUCAGAUUCGCCAAAAGUUUACGUGUAUUUUUCAAAUACCUUCCAAAGAAUAAACACAUCAACAGAAUGAAUAUUUUAUAACACGCUAAAAUCUAGUCACACAGAGUACUGCUGCUUCAUAACUAAUUUAAAAUGUUUUUAUCUUUGCCUCUAAUCUGACAGCACAAGGCAAGGGCGUCUGUGUUUACUGUGUAAGAGAACUCUAUGAAAGCAGGGAGCUACACUUUAAUACUGCAUGUGGUGACUCAUUUUUCCUCAACAAUGUUCAGGAAAGCAUUGCACUGAGCUCGACUGAACGCCAUUAUUGCAAUUGUGCAACUUUUUUGACGUUGCAGUUGCACUUGUCCUCAAGAGGGCCUCAGUGAUAUUUGUUUAGCUUCAAUUGAGUACGGUAUAUAAUUGUUUGGUAUACAUUUAUACAUGGUGUAAAUAUGCAAACCAGCAUUAGUCUAUGGUCUUCAGGUUAUUAUAUUACAUAUUCUCUAAGUACUUUGUAUCAGUUCAUGUUUUCCAAGUUGGUCUGGAUAAAUGUAUCUGCCAACUGAUUCAUGAUAAUGUAAAUAAACAUGUAUAGGGAAAAGAAAGAUAUAUUAUACUUUGUUAUAUGCUUUGUAAGUCGCGUUGGAUAAAAGCGUCUGCUAUAUGAAUAAAUGUAAUUAUUGCUGAAUUCUCA